AGCCAAUGCCCGAGCUCUCAGUUACAACAAAGGACUAGAGAAGUGAUUUGACUGUUUCACUCACUGCCCCAGGCGGUCGUGUGGACAUUCAUCGAGAGAAACUUGAUUUGAUUUGAAGUUGAUGAUGUCUUUGAGUGCUUAAGUUGGAAAUCAGGAUGAUGGAAUUAUCGACGUCUGGCGUACGGACGAUUGCUAACGAGUCGCCUGUAGAUUUGUUCAACGCGUCCUUUAACCCUACAGGAUGUAACAACUCCUAUGUUCCGACUCAAGAGGAAUAUAGACAAGCUCUUGGAGGAUUCUGGAUGCCCCUUAUUACAGCUGGGAGUCUUAUCACCAUUGGCUUAUAUAUUCUUUUCUUCGAGCAAGUCUUCUACACAAAUGCAGGCGCGCAUAGAGUUUUCCGAAGGCACAUAUAUUGGAUUGGAUCCGUUUACCCGUUCAUGACGCUGAUGAGUCUCGUAGCAUUGUUGGUCCCGAAAGCACACAACAUAUGCACAGCUGCAAAAAUCAUCUACAUGUCAAUCGGCAUCAGUCAUUUCGGAGACUUGACAGUGCUCAUGUUUGGAAGCGAGGAGGUGAUGCUUGCGAAGACAGAAGGCAACAAACUCAACUUGAAAGUCGGGCCUUCAUGCUGCUGUUGCAGAUGCCUCCCUUCGCCGGAUGUGUCGAAGUUUAAUAUUCGCCUGGUGUUGUGGCUCUGUGACCAAAUGCCCUUCACUCAGGCUGCUUACUAUCUGACGCUCCUCGUUCUCAUCGCUGGCAACAUGGCAACGCCGGGAAAUGUAAAUCCAGACGGUGUUUUUCUGUGGCUUAAUCUCUUCAAUUUUGCUUCCUUCAUGAGCGGGCUGUACGGUUUGCAGAUAUUGCUCUAUUUCUCAAAGGGACAUCUAGAAUUCUACAACUAUAAGGGCAAGUCUAAUUCGGUGAAAAUCCUCGUCCUGAUAACUAACCUGCAGAGUUUCAUCUUUGACAUUAUGGGGAACUACAACGCUUUUCCUUGCGUUGCCCCGUACCUCUCGCCGGCGGUCUAUAAGAUAACGAUCGUGAAUUCUCUCUACAUCUUCGAAAUGAUGGUUCUUGGGAGUUACACUUACUGGCAAUACCACAGCCACGAAUUCCUGAAACCCAACCCCGCAGACGUCGAGGACCUGUACAAGGCCGAUGAAGACACCUCCAGCGUCACCACAGCCAUUACCGUCGUCGGCGAUACUGAAGGCGGAACCUCACACCCACAGCAUCGCCAACAGACGUCACGGAUCACCGUGACGCCACAGAUUGAAAGAUCGCUAGGACCGCCCACACAAAACCCAUUAGUAGAUGAAAUUCAAGGGUCACAAUAUGGGGCUGUGACGGCUAUUACUCAGCAACCCAAGUCUUUAAAUGGUGUCCCGUAGGUCUCCUUUUUAGCGCGCAGUUAUUGGAAGCUUCAGAAGAAGGUACAUUCAGAGAACUGCUGGCACACAAAAUUCCACAGAUUCUUUCGUGCGAUUAUUAUUAUUAUUGCUAUUAUUGAUAUUGUCAUUAUUACUAUUGCCACUUCUACUGCUACUACGACUGUCAUUAUUAUUAUUAUUAUUAUUAUUAUUAUUAUUAUUAUUAUUAUUAUUAUUAUUAUUAUUAUUAUUAUUAUUAUUAUUAUUAUUAUUAUUAUUAUUAUUAUUAUUAUUAUUAUUAUUAUUAUCAUCAUAAUCAUCAGCGCUAACUCCUAUACUAACGAUAUCAAUAACAAUGAUUAGGGAUAAUGAUUAUCAUUAUUAUUACUGUUUUUAUCAUCAUGCCAUUCAAGGAAAUGGCAUCUCGGUUGAUGAUAAUAGGAAUAAUAAUGAUAAUUGUCAUUCCUGAUCAUUGUCCUCACUGCUAUUGAUAUCGUUAGUACAAUAGUAAUAAUAGUAUUAAUUUAUUGAAAAAUUUCCUGCCACGUUAACACCUAAGGUCAUUAGCGGCGCAUUCAGAAUGUAGUGGCAGAGUGGGGGGGGGGGGGGUUGAGGGCGAAGCUCCCCGCGUGAUUUUUUUUUGGUUCAUGAUUGUGGAUUUCCAGAAAAGCCAAAGGUCAAAACAAACAAAUGUGCCAGACAUCAAAGGCCACACAGCACGGUGACAAAGUAUUGUGGUAAAAAGGGUAAACAUUAAUAAACGAUUGGGAUGAGUGGAAGGAAGAAGGGAUGAAGAAGCGAAGGAAAAGGAAAAGGGGAAGAAGAGACCCUGCCAAAGUGGGCGAGGGCGGAGGUCCAAGCAGGGCAGAUCCCCUACGUUGGGCCUCCGCCUCCGCCUCCCAAGACGCCUCCCCUCCCACGGCAACGAUUCGCAGGGGAGUGGGGGGGGAGGGUAAACUAAAUAAAGAGUGCUUUCUUAAACCCUGGCAAGUGCAGA